GGCCCCCCUUCUUAUCUCUUGCCUUGCCCUUCAUUUCUCUCACACGCACCGCACCAAACAAAGCAAAGCCAUUCCCAAACAGGCCCCCUCUCCAAUCUUAUUCUUCUUCUCUUCUUCGAAAACCCUAGGUUGAGCCAUGAAAGGCGGGAAAUCCAGAGCCGCGGCGCCGAAGCGGUCCGACACCAAGUUAAAGACGAAGAGCGCCGGAGCCAGCAAGCUGUCGAAGAAGGCCGGGAAGGAUCCGAACAAGCCCAAGAGGCCUGCGAGCGCCUUCUUCGUUUUCAUGGAGGAGUUUAGGGAGAAGUACAAGAAGGAACACCCCAACAACAAAUCGGUUGCUGCUGUUGGUAAAGCCGGUGGUGAGAAAUGGAAAUCUUUGUCGGAUGCUGAAAAAGCACCUUUCCAGGCCAAGGCGGAGAAGCGGAAGGUCGAAUACAACAAGAACAUGGAUGUUUACAACAAGAAACAAGCUGAUGGAGAUAAUGGAGUGGAGGAAGAGGAGUCGGACAAGUCCAAGUCGGAGGUGAACGAUGAGGAUGAGGAGGGUGAUGAGAGCGGUGGCGAGGAUGAAGACGAUGAUGAGUAGAGAAAGAGGAAGAAGGGAGGAUAACUGGAAAAGGAAGCAAUAUGUGUAGGAUUGCUUAGUGAAUGACCUGCAUUGUCUAAUUUUAAGCGCUUUGUCUCAUCGAUAGGAGUAGAGUAGGAAAAAACAAAAACCAAGGGAUUAACAACAUUCAGGGCUUCUGCUAUGACAUGUUAUCCCAUAUCUUUCUGUACUUAUAAUUAUCCUAUUAAUGCUUAAUGGUAUUCAGCUUGCUUGACUAUAAAAAUGCUUCAAUUGCUUU